AUGUCUUACACCGCCUUCGCGCCCUCCUACACCUACGCGAGCCCCGCGUCUCCCAACGCCUUCUCCCUCUUCGCGUCCGCCCAGUCGCCGCGCGACACCUACCACACCUACGAGGACGCACGCCAGGUGCUGCGUCUCUCCAACGGGCACUCCUCUGUCAAGAGGACGAAGACCUCCGGCCUGAAGAAGAUCUUCGGGCUGUGA